AUAAUAAGCGCUCACAUGAACUUUCCCUCUAUGUUUUCGUGUCAAGAAAGCCGCGAAAGCUGCCAACUUACUUUUACCGCUGACCACAAUGUAGCGUUGGAUGAUUCAACUCGCAAGGAUACACGGGAAGCGAUCUCUUUCCUUCUCAUCGCCAUCAUGGCUCGUGGUCCGAAGAAGCAUUUAAAGCGCUUAAAUGCACCGCAUCAUUGGAUGCUUGAUAAGUUGUCUGGUAAUUUUGCACCACGUCCAUCUGCUGGUCCCCAUAAGUUGCGCGAGUGUUUGCCAUUGAUUGUUUUCCUCAGGAAUCGCCUCAAGUAUGCCCUGACUUAUGAUGAGGUGAAAAAGAUUCUUAAGCAGAGGUUGAUUAAGGUUGAUGGAAAAGUCAGGACUGAUGUUACGUACCCUGCUGGUUUCAUGGAUGUCGUCUCCAUUGAAAAGACUGGCGAGAACUUCCGUCUUCUAUACGAUGUGAAAGGCCGCUUCACCGUACACCGCAUCACUGGCGAAGAAGCCAAAUACAAGCUUGGUCAAGUGCGACGUGUAGCCACUGGUGCUAAGGGUAUCCCUUACCUUGUUACUCAUGAUGGUCGUACCAUCCGCUAUCCUGACCCACUCAUUGCUGUCCAUGACACUGUGGUGUUGGAGAUCAAGACUGGCAAGAUCAUUGAUUUCAUCAAGUUUGACACAGGAAAUCUUGCUAUGGUUGUUGGUGGCCGCAACAUGGGUCGUGUUGGAAUUGUUACCCAUCGUGAGAGACAUGCAGGUUCAUUUGACAUUGUUCAUGUGAAGGACAACACAGGCCAUCAAUUUGCCACAAGAAUCAGCAACAUUUUCAUCAUUGGCAAGACGAACAAGUCACAUGUGUCCCUUCCCAAGGGUAAGGGUGUCAGGCUUACUAUUGCUGAGGAGCGAGACAGAAGGCUGCAGGAGAAGGCCAAAAUGAGCUCCAUGUAAAUUGCAACAGAAGGACCAUUAAUAAAAGUUCAGAAUUACAUCACA